AAAAAACUAUCUUUUCUAUCUAAAACCUUCUGUUCUCCACAAUCUAUCUAUAUCCUCAGAGAACAUGACUUGUUUCUGUGCUUAUUUGUAUCGUAGAUCACUACAAUUGGUAUCAGAUCAGUCGAUUCUGAGACUGCUAUCAUGAUUAAGUUUGAAACUGCACUCCUCUCUUCCGUAAAGACGAUCUUAGAUGAGAAAUUGAAGGCUCUUGAAGAAAGUUUGUGGAAGAAUAAAAUUGGAUCUGGUGAUGAUUUACAGGAAACAUCAUCAGGUUCUAAUUCACAAGCUGACUUGAAAAGGGUUUUCAACAGUCGACUAAGGUUCACUGAUGGAAUUGAGGGUCGGGGUAUCGAUUCAAAAUUGAUAGUUGAUGCUGGAAAAUUAAAAUAUGGUUCUGAGAACAUCGAUUUAAUUGGUGCUGAGCCUAUUCUAUCCAAGAUAAUUGAGAACGAAAUUGAUGUCAAUUUGGAAUCAAUUUCAUUUGAUCUAGGCGAUUCGAGUUCGUUAAGAGAAUUCAUUCAAAAUUCUUCAACUCCUCGUCCGGUAGAAGAAGUUAGAAGAGUUACAUAUAGUGAGGUAGAAGAUUACAGCUCGUUAAAAAGGGUCACUCGAAAUUCUUAUAAUUCCUCAGCUAAGGAUGAUUUUUUUUUUAUUGUCUCAUACCUAAUUGUUCAACAAUCGAUGGAGCUGGUGAUGUUGGUGAAGUUCUAAACUACAGAGGAUAUUCGACGUUUCUCGACUACCAAGAGGGUAAACCCUUCAAUUCUGAACAUAAUUUUCUUAAUGUUAUUAUCGAUUCUCAAGGUACUACAAUAGUAUGAAGGACCUCAACAUACUGAAUCAGAAUUCUAAUGAUGCAUUUAGACAAUUUGAAGGGUGGAAGUUUAUUACAGAUAAUAACCUACAUCAAAUACUAUCAUACUUCAUCAAUUUUAUCAGGUUGUACUCUUUUCCUCACUUAAAUCAGAUUACUUCUUUUGGUAAUGAUGCAUCUACUGCUAAUUAUACUCGAACGAUAUUUGAUAGAGAAAGAAAGUUGGAAGGGUGUAAUAUAAGGAAUAAAUACAAUGAUGACCUUGUUUCAAAGUUAAAUUUCGUUUAUGGGAAUUGUUCUAAACUCUUGAGUGUGAAUUCAAGUGAGUCUUUGUAUGCUAUUUUACCUGAUUUUGAUUAUGGCCGUAUGCUUUUUGAUCUCGGUACAAAAUUGUUAGUCAGUGAGAUGUAUUCUUAUUUUGCUAGGAGAAAUUUUGAGUUCUGUCAUGGGAUUCUUGCUUCAUGUUUGGUUAUUUCACUAGAAAAAUAUGAUGAGAAAUCUUUUUAUGAGAUUAUUCUUCAACAUGGGUACCAAUUGGAUUCCAUAUUUAUGAAUUCAGUUGUGUUUGUAUGCGAUGAAGGUGGUGACAGUUGUUAUGGUAGGAAUAUGUUUGCGAAAAUGUCAGACAGAUAUUGUAACACCAGUUAUGCUUCUGGCCAUCUGUUGUUUGCUCGAGAUACAAAGCAUGAGACCAGUUUGUGGAAUUCUUAUUCAAAGGUUUUAAUUAAAGCAAGUUCAGACUUGUCUCAGAAUUUACCAGACUACAGGGGACGCAAUACCUUGGAGUUGGUUCUUAUGUAUGCAAGUAGGGGAGAAUAUUCAUAUUGUGGUCUGGAUAUUACUCAAAAGGUAUUUGAUGGAGGAAAAAUGUUUCAUCAGUAUCCUUAUUAUUUUAGAGAGGUUCUAAAUUCAGCUCAAUUAUACUUACUUCUGAUAUUAUUGUUCUUCAUGUGGUUGUUUCAAUGCAAAAUUACUAUGACGACGUUGUUCAUAAUCUGAUUUAGAACUAAGUUAUGGUUUAGAAUUGUUGUUUGCAAAUUCAAAUAUGUCCUUGUUUUUUGAAAACGGUGAUAGUCAGGAUGCUUGUGGGUUGUUUCAUGAAAUAUGGCAACAAAUUAAUAUUCUUUGUACUAGAUUGAGACUUCAUGUCGCAGGGAAAAACGAAUCUAGCAAUGCACUACAGCUAGUCGGCUACAAGCCCACUCUUCAUAGAUGGAGUCUUAAUGGUGAUAGUGGUUUUGUGCUUCUUCAACUAUGGAUUCGGGAAAAACUGUCACCUGGAUUCCAUUGCUUUUUUGAGUUUACUUCCACUCAUGAAGGUUGGUUAAUAAAUCAGUUUUGUAGGCAAGUUUAUCAUCCCACAGUUGUGUGGUCUUCACAAGUGAUUAUGGUGUAUAAACUAGAAGAUUGUGUUCCUUGGUUCCAUGUCUAUUCUCUUGUGAUGGUAUCCAUAGUUGUGUAGAGACAUUGAACUCUUGAAGCUCAAGAGGGCUUAUAGAGGAGUGAAGUGCUGGGAAAGAAGAAUGGAAAUCAAGGGAAUACCCACUAAGGCCAGUAUUGGUUAAAUCAGUGGACAUGAAUUGUUGGAAGAAAUAUUUAAGGAAGUUGAUUGUUCUUUUACUCGGCUAGGAGUUAUAGUUUUGAAGUUAACAAUCAUAGUAAACCAAAUAUACAGUCUCAUAGAAGCAAAUGGAGUUUUUUCUGGUGAUAUACUUGGUAGAAACAAGGUACAGAGGAAGUUUGAUUUAACUGAGUUGGUACACAUUACUGAGAAUUAUUUCUCGGCCAUGGGAUGGACAAAAUAGAAUUUUUUAUCUUCGAGUACUACGUGUUGUUUGGAAAUAGAAAGUGGUUUUUGUGUCAAUCCGAAAAACUUCAGGCUGGAGUUAAUCAUGUUCAUUUCAGGUACUUGUAUUGUUCGUGCUGAAGGCGAAAAAGGGUCAAGCUCUGUUGCAGGUUUAAUAACAUGUUAUUCCCUUCCGUCGUUAUACAACAACAUAUUUAUUUGUGUGUCUUAUUAUAAACCUGAGUUUGAGAAGACUUUUGCUGUUAGCAUUAGACAGUUAUUUUGGUUUGUGCGAGGUAGUAUUUACAAGAAUAUGGAAGUGGGUAUUUGGAUAUUCAACAGGAUACUACCACAUUUACAAGACCCUGUAGCUCACAAACAACACUACCAGGUACUGGACCUCUCCACAUCUAAUGACACAACACUACAGGGUAAAGAAGAGAUUGUUAACUCCAUGUUAAAAAAUCAAUUUCACAAAUUCUCAACUCAUGUUGCAGCUAUAGCUCAUAACUCAGUUAAGUACCACAUCAACAGGAUUGCUAUGCUUGAAUCUGGGGAGUUCAAGUUAUUCAGAACUGUCGGAAGAAAGAGUCCAGACAAGUAUGUCGCGCUGGCAGUUGCGUACGAUAUCGUGAAUUACCAACAAAAUUUGUAGAAACUUAAGCUCUCCAAGUCUAAUGGCAUCGCAACAGGAGAGAAAGAAAUGAAUGUUGACUCUAUGCUGCCAGCAAAUACAUUUCAGGAAUCCUCAACACGCACUAUUAAUCCAUCUAAUGAUUCAGUUGAAGGUCACAUCAACAGACUCAUUACGCACAAACUUGAGCUGACUACUUCAUCAGUUGAGAAAGAUAAGAAGCUUGAGCUGAUUCACAACAGUAAAGAAGUUAUCUUCUCAGUAAAGGCUGGGAACGACCAAUUUUCUGUGCUAGAAUUAAGCUCGGAAUACUCAAGUGUAUUGAUCAUUUUUGAAGCUACAACAUCAACUAAUUCGGAAGGGGAACUACAACUAAGCUUGAUGCUUACUUUCAGAAGAAUGGUUUAAUUUUUAUGUACCUUGAUAUUCAAGUUUAUGAAGUUUACAAUUAUUCGA